CUUGACGUUUCUUGCAACGAGUACAUUGCGAGGCACCCCGUGAAAGCGUUGUUACUUGACAUCUCCUGGCUAUAGCGAAUGGUGAGCAAAAUGUGCGCCUGGCCUCCACUGUUGCUCAAGAUCCGUGCUUGCAAAGUGUGCAGUGGCACACCGUGUGACAUAUUGUGCUUAGAGAAAGACUGCUAAACGAAGAAGCCCACCCCGGCAAAGGCACCAGCGUCUUCUGGAAGGGCUGUUUACGGACUACCUCCCCCGGACAGGAUGUCUCCUUCGUCGCUGCCAACGCUUCUACACUUAACUGUCACUAUAACAUGCGUGGUUAACUCGGGGUCAUCGUUGUUCAAGGGAGCCACGGGAAUCUGUGCUCCGCAGCCGCAUUCCUUCGGCGUGGGUGAUCGGUCCACCUGCACGUUCUCCAAGGUCGUCGACAUCGACGAGCAGAGGAUACCGCCCGCGAUACCGAGCGUCAAGUGCAAGUGUCCGGGAAGUUUGUGCAGCUCUCUGGGCGACUUCCGCUGCGUCGAGGUGAAGGACCCGAUCCAAGUGUCCUACCGCAGCCUGAAGUCUCCGACCGCGUUCUACAACAAGACCAUAGAUGUGACGACGGCCUGCGUCUGCGCCAUGAGCAGGAGUGCGUCGGCCAAGUCCACCGGACUGUUCAGGAUCUUAGACAACAGCUUGCACAGGGAAUCCGAGGACGACGACAGCAGAUUUGCGUGAAGCUUGUUAAACAGUGGCGCUCGAGAGACCAGGCGCUAUGAAGCUUGCUGAUAUUAUGAGCAAGAUUUAGUUCGGAGACAAUUCAAAUACACGUAAGAAGCAGACUCGUUUUCAAGAGACAACCCCUGGACCUAUUUGAACGGAAUUUGUUGCAUUUGGAUGAGAAAGUUAAUUUCUGGUAACUUUAUUGAGCAGAAUGUUGACUUAGGACGUGAAUGUUUUUACUAUAAGUUCGUAAAGUUGUUGCCGUUACAAAAAUAGAAGCAUGAAGCGUACGAAUCCGUAACUAUGCACCGAAAAGAGGUAUCGCAGUUUUGUAAACUACAUCAGUUGGAACAUCUAAAGUGAGCAAAUUUUAUAGAUAAACUUACAGGUUGUGUGAUCUGGUGACAAUCUCUUUAAAGGUUUUGCGAGCGUCUUACUCACAAUUGAGCUGUAUAUUUCAGACUGGUGUACAGAAAUAAACAUUGUCCCCUUCAGAAGUAUUAUCAGAUGCUGCUUGCAGAAUUGUGAUACCUCUUUAUAUUGUAGAGUUAAAUAGUUGCAAACUUGAUACAUCAGUGGUGUUGGAAUUUUUUAAUUUACAAUAGCUUUUUUUAAGCAAUUGCAAUUCCACUUCCUACAGUUACUAGAUUUCAACUUGCCCCUCGAUUAGCAACGAACCUCAUAAAAGUAGGAAUGGUAUAUGACGAUGAUGAUGAUGAUGAAAUAAACUUUAAUUUUCGAGACAGUGUUCCCGAGCGUUUGAGCUGUGGAUCACUCCAGGUAGGAGGGUCCCUCAUUCCAGGAAUCCUCUGGCCGCCAUAGCAUCCCGGGCUCUGGCGACAAGACGUCGUUGUUCGUCCAGGGCCGGGGUGGAGAUGUUGGCCUGCCACGUCUCGGCGAGGAGGUUCACGUCGUCGGACGUUGUAUGCUUGGUAAUGGCGUCUUCGGGGCGCCACGGGCACUCGAGUAGCAAAUGAGCCAGAGUGUCCGGCACAGCGCAGAUCGGGCAGUUGUAGGUGUGUAGUGUCGGGUGGAGGCGAUGCA